AUGGCGCAGCCGGAAGAAGCUUCCGUGCUGGACUGUAUCAUCCCAGCACAUGAGAAGGAUUACAAGACUUUGGGUCGUACGGUGGGAUCCAUCCGCCAGUUCUGCCCGGAGGUGAAGCGCAUUUUUGUCAUCGGUGGAGUCGACCGCCCGAAGCCUACCGAUUUGGGGGUGGAGUGGUUGGAUGAGGCAGCUAACUUCUGGCCUUUCUCCCAUGCAGAUUUGGAAGACUGCGGAUGCCGGACUGGAUGGCUUCUUCAACAACUCUUGAAGCUGUACGCCCCUCUUCUCAUUGAUGGUUUGACAGACAACGUGUUGGUCUGCGAUGCUGAUGUUGUUUGGCUAAAACGCGUGAACUUUCUGUUGCCUAGCGCCGCUUGUUUGUGCACCUUCGACACCAACAACUGCCCUCCAAUCAGGAGUGCAGUGGAUUUGCACCGUUAUGACCACUUUGUACCGGCCAUGCUACCUGGCGUGCAGAAGCCUAGGCCUGGCAAAGAGACUGCAGUUUGCCAUCACAUGGUUUUUCAGAAAGAUAUCCUCAAGCAGCUCAUCGCAGAGGUGGAGGCUUCCUGGGAGCGCCCCUUUUGGAAAGCCUUCGCAGAAGCUGCCAGACAAUUGCAGGGCCGGGCAUCGGAGUAUGAGUUGUACUAUGCCUUUGCCAUGCAUCGGUGCCCUUCACAGGUGCAGACACGCGCCUUGCCAUUUGCAGUUGUGGCGGACAUUGAGGGUGCUGAUCUUGCCCUUCAUGGACGCAUUUUUGACUGGUACCGGAAGAUUAGGUCAUCAGACCGCCGACCUGCACGAAAGGGACAGAGGAAGCCUUCGCGCUCAUCGGCUUCGGACUUGGGAGAAGAUGGCAAUUUGAUCUCCAUGCUCGCGAAGUUGACACUUCGUCAAGAGGACCAGUUGAACCAGAUCCAUCUCGACAAGAGCUUCAUCUUCUUUGUCCAAGCAGGAAAAGGCAGCAUUUUGCCACUGAUGUUGAAGACAUCAAAGGACUGGCAUGGGCAACGGGAGGCGGGGCAGGUCAACACCUCACUGAGGCAACACAUGUUUCGCUCUGUGUUCGAGGAACUGGCAUUCAGAGCAUCAAAACUGCCCUUCGGAUCAAACGAUCACGAACUGAUCCGGGUCCUUCAGAACAAGCAAGUAUUGACGGCAACCAAUUCAUGGAACUAUCUACAAUGGGACUCCAAAGAGAAGACUUUGAAGCCAGCAGCCCGAGAUCCCCUCCCCUCAGAGGAAGCCGCAGCCUUGAUCCAGAAGAUACAUUCUCUGGCAGCUCAAGCGGACCUGAUCCACCGGUUCUCAGCUUUGAAGCCUAUGCCUCAGGAUUCCACGGUGACGGACUCAGUGGUUGUGCCUUGGAGAUUGGACAUCUCCCUGAGGGGCCAAGCGGCUCAAGAUCUCUAUGCUUCCCUUCAGCAAUUGACCGGCAGCGGGCUUACGCAGCUGAUCUUUGUUCGAAUCCGACCAUCGACCUUGCAGAGGUCACCAUUGGCUCAGGCCAUUGCAGCUCGCUUGACGAAAUGA